CUCGCGUCAGUACCGUGAACGCUUCAAAACAAUAUCGUGUUUGGUGGAAGGUUUUUUGCAUUUGUGAUUGAAAUGAUCGAUGAACACGACGAACGUGAAACGAUAUGCGAUUCAGUGAAUUCUUUGGUGGAAGGCUGUCGUUUACCGGUCAGAAUGCACGGAACAGACGAUUGGCCUCUUGCUGAAAUCAUCAGUGUUAAAGAAGUACACGGUGUCAAGUGUUAUUAUGUUCACUAUGUAGAUUUCAAUAAACGAUUAGAUGAAUGGGUUAUGGAAGAUUGUUUGGACACAAGGAAAGUCCAGUACCCUCGUCGAGAUGGAACCACACCAGGAACUGGUGCAGCCACACCAAAAAAACAAGUGCCCAGUAGACCUCCUAGCCCUAGUAGUCUCAGUAACGAACCAGUCAAUGGUUCUGCUGUGCUACAAGCAGCAUUACAAAAGAAAAUGUCUAGAAAAAGAAAAGCGGCAUUUAUAGAGAACGACGAUUCUCAGGAUGGGCCACCGCAAACGCCGGGUCCGAGGCCCACUGGCUCAUUAGUCGCUCAUCAUCACGAUGAUAUUGUAACAAGAAUGAAGAACGUAGAACUAAUAGAAUUAGGCCGUCAUAGAAUAAAACCGUGGUAUUUCAGUCCCUAUCCCCAAGAAAUGGUAAACCUACCUUGUAUAUACAUCUGUGAAUUCUGUCUGAAGUACAGAAAAAGUCGAAAAUGCUUGGAAAGGCACCUGGCCAAGUGCAAUCUACGGCAUCCGCCUGGCAAUGAAAUAUACAGAAAAGGAUCGAUAUCGUUUUUCGAAAUUGACGGCCGUAAAAAUAAGAAUUACGCACAGAACCUUUGUCUAUUAGCAAAAUUAUUCUUGGAUCAUAAGACACUUUACUAUGACACAGAUCCAUUCUUGUUCUACGUAAUGACAGACUUUGAUAGCAGAGGAUUUCACAUAGUCGGUUAUUUUUCAAAGGAAAAAGAAUCGACGGAGGAUCAUAACGUGGCAUGCAUCCUUACGUUGCCUCCUUAUCAGAGGAGAGGCUAUGGGAAACUGUUGAUCGAAUUUUCCUACGAAUUGUCGAAGUUCGAAGGUAAAACAGGUUCACCAGAGAAACCAUUGUCCGAUCUAGGAUUAUUGUCUUAUAGAAGUUACUGGGCGCACACGAUACUGGACAUUUUAUUGAACAUAAAGCCAUUAGUAGAGAACGAGAAACCUCAGAUUACAAUAAGCGAAAUAUGCGAGCUGACGUCGAUUAAGAAAGAAGACGUGAUAUCAACGCUACAGAAUUUGAAUCUCAUUAAUUACUACAAAGGACAAUAUAUUGUUACAUUGAAUAGGGAUAUUAUCGAGCAACACGCAGCUGCGAUGGAAAAGAGGCAGAUCAGAAUAGAUCCUAAGUGUCUUCAUUGGACACCAAAAGACUGGAGUGUUAGGGCAAAAUGGAACCCUGGACUAUUAUACGAUUAGCGAAUAUACAAACAAACGAAACUGUACAUAAUAUAAAAUACCUUGAACGCGAGGUAUACUGUUUUUAAUAAGACUGUGUCAGGCUUUGCAAGCGAUUGCAAUGGUCUAAAAGAAAAAAAGUAAAAAAAAAAAAAAAAUUGACAAAAGGAAAAUAAUUUUCACGAAAGGCACGUAUAAUUAGCGAGUUUUACGUGAGAAGAAAAAAUAUAUCCGUUAAUUAAAUACGCUGGCUUACGUCCUAGAGUCAGAAGCAAUGUUUUAAUAUGGUGAUUAGGAUUUUUUAAAUAAACUUCGCAAUACGUUUUUUGCGAUUCAGCGAAUUUGUACAGGUACAUAAACCGAUCUUGUAGAAUUGUAAAUAAAUCUGAUUUUAUAACGUGCGCCUCAUUCUCUGCGAUUAUAAACGGCGAUCUAAUAGUUUCUAAAGUAUUAUUAGCCGAACAGCUCGCGAGACGAUUCGUGCCCUGUUCGAGCUUAAGUGGUAUUGUCCGACAUUUUCCAGACCCGACUAGUAUGACCCCAGAAGUAACAUGCACUCUGAAAUAAUAUUCGCACAAUUGUGCACACGUACUGUUAGACAGCAAUUCAAAUUUGCGAGUGUACGCGUAAUUUAGAAAAAUAAA